GGUGCUUUUUUAAAAGGUAAAUAUGGUGGUGAAUUGCUAACUGCUAUUGCAAGAGAUGCAAAUGACCAGAUGCUACCUUUAGCAUAUUCCAUUGCGGAAGUAGAGAAUAAAGAAACAUGGAAAUGAUUUCUGGAACUUCUGGUUGAAGACAUUGGUGGGGAGGCAGUAUAUGCAUCAUUGACAUUCAUAUCACAUCAACAAAAGGUUAUUCACAUGCCCAUUUUUCCUAAAAACAUGUGUUAAUUUUCAUUAUUAUUGAUAUGAGACCUUUAACAAUAUUGCCAAUUUCAAAUUACAGGGCUUAAUGCAAGCUUUUGAAGAAGUGCUCCCUAGAGUUGAUCAUCGGUUUUGCACCUUUACGCAAAUUUCAGGAAAAAUUUCCUGGAAAGCAGCUAAAGCGGAUGAUGUGGAAUGUAGCUACAACAACUCAUCCACAAGCCUGGGAAACCGAAAUGACCAAAUUAAAGGAAGUGAACCUCGAGGCCUUCAAAUACCUUAUAAAAUUCCUCCCAGAUACUGGUCGAGAUCAAGGUUUACCACCACUGUUAAGUGUGAUACUUUGGUAAACAACAUGUCUGAGGCAUUCAAUAGUGUAUUGGUGCAUACAAGGUCAAAGCCAAUCAUAACCAUGUUGGAGGAGAUCCGACUUUACUAGAUGAACAGAUAGGCAACAAACCAAACAAAAAGUCAAUCAUUGUCUGGGAUGAUUUGUCCAAAAAUCAAUAGUAGAAUUAAUAUGGAGU